AUGAACUGCACCAACGCGCCCGCCGCCGUCCCCAGCGACGCCGGCAUCGCAGGCAUCGGCGUACUGCUCUCCUUCAUAGUCACGGCCGCCAUAGCCCUCCUCAUCAGCGCCUCCCUAGUCUUCCAGGAAAUGCGCAACGUCCAGAAACCCUCGAUCCUGCGCCGCAGGCUGCUCAACUCGUACUCGGACCAGCAGAUCCUCACGGGCAUCGGCAUCCAAUCCGUCGGCCUGGCCAAACGAACGAGCCUGGUCCCGUACCACUUCUUCCUCGUGUGGAUGCUUUCUCUCUUGUCUAUGGCCGUGCACAACGCCACCUUGCUCGCCCUCGCCCGCGACUUCCGCCGCGACUGGGUGCUUCGCUGGAUGCGCGAGCUGCUCAUGCUCGUAAACCUCGUCCUGUCGUGCACGUACGGGAUAUUUAUCCUGCGCGCCGUCCAGCGCGGCAUCAACGACGCUACGUUCCCCGUCGAAUGCGCGUGGCGCCCGGAGACGCAGGACGGGCCGGCCGCCGGCAACGCGGCGGUCUCGUACGUAGGCACCGGCGCCGUGAUCGCGGGGAACGUGGCGAUCUUCGCGCUGGCGAUAUGGUAUCUGCACGCGCGCGCGCGGCGUUUUUAUGUUGCCGUCCAGGCUGUCGGGUUGGUCCUCAUGGCGGCGUUUGCGGUCGGAGCGACGGUCCGCGUGGCGUACCUCGCCGACGCGUUCGCGCACUCGACGCCUAUCCGGCUAAGCGACAGCGGCGAGCGGGAGUGGAGUUUUGGACAGCUGCUUUCGGUGGGCAUGUUGCUCUUGCCGCUGGCGACCGUCGUCGAGAUCCUCAGGGGCGAGAUCAAGUGCGCGCCGCCGGAGAGCGAGGGGGAUGAUGAAGGGAAGGGUCGGUUGUUGGGGGAGGAGGAGCAAGGGGAGACGCAGGAGUUAAGGUCGGAUUUGCAGACACAGGAACGCCCGGGGUUCCAGCCCAGUCCGCUUUCGGGGUCGGUGUCGAGUCUUUUGCAUAAGAAGUAG